GUUACAACAACAAUGUUAUCUACCUUGUGGGAGUACAGCGCAUGGGCAGCCAAGUGGUCUACUCUGUUCUUAAUGUUAACUCCCUUAUUCUUGACAGUCUGGUUUUACCUUAUGUCAAUCACUGCUCAUGUUUACCGUUGGAGAAAAAGAGAGGUGUCAGAAGCAUUUAAUGACAGCUUUUGGGAUGGAUUUAGGAUGUCUCUUGCUGCAAUCACAGAAGCUCAAGGAAAAAUUUGGCACAAUAUUGAAUUUGAUGGACUACAGCAUUUACCCAAAAAAGGUGGUGCCUUACUCGUUGGCUACCAUGGAGCUUUACCGUUAGAUGCAUAUUACUUCCUUGCUCAUUGUAUUUUGGAGAGAAGAAAACUGAAAUUAGUAGUUGACAAGUUCUUGUACAAUGCUCCUGGAUUAAGGCUUUUAAUGAAAGUAUUAAAUCUAACACCUGGCACUAUAAGUGGCUGUGUUACUGCUCUUAAAGAUGGGGAAACGUUAAUGAUUUAUCCAGGAGGGCUCCGAGAGUCUCUUCUCUCUGAUGAAAAAUAUGAACUCAUUUGGAAUGCACGACAAGGGUUUUCUCGGGUUGCUCUUGAAGCAGAUGUCCCUAUCAUACCAUUCUUCACUGAGAAUAUAAGAGAAGCUGCCAGAUCAAUCAAAUUUUCUGCUAGAUUAGCCUCUUGGCUGUACGAAAAAACUCGACUACCAGUUAUUCCUAUCAUUGGGAUAUUUCCUGUGGAACUAACGAUGCACCUUGGACGCCCCUUAAGCUUUGAUGAUGAAGAAGAGCCAAAGAUUGUUGCAGAGAUAGUUACUCAACGUGUUACCCAACUAAUAGAGACACAUCAGCGACGUCCUGGAAGUAUUUUGAGAGAACUUUAUAACCGGUUUUGGGUGAGAGGUAGAGGUCAUCCACAUUCAGAUUGAUUUUCACAUUAGCCCACAAUUAAUGAUAAAUCUGUUGAAUAAGAAGGUACAGUAGAGCUUGAAAUUGUUUUUACAUAUUGAUUUAAUAAUUUAAAUUGUGAUUAAUAGAUUAUAAACUGCCUCGUUUUGUUAAUAAAAUGCAAUUAGUUUUAAGAGUACAUGGUGAGUUAUCUCAUGGUAUCAUGCCCAUGGUUUCUGUCUGUAUAUAUAACUUAGAAAUGUUCGAUAAUUUGAGUUAUGGAUGCUGUGUAGGCAGCUGGAUAGGAUGAAUGUUAACUGUUUACAUUGAAUUUAUUUGUAAAAUGUACAUAAGUGUAUAAUUACUCUAUUAAGUUGAUAUUAGUAAUUAGAUAAAAUAAUUAACUUAUUUUUGAUCAGACUUUGGAAGUUAAAAAUACCUUACUGUAGGUUGGAUCAGGAAAACUGCAUGAAUAUUUUCU